CUGGAUUUGGGUGCGUUCACUGUUGUCAGUACUGCGGUGAAACGAAAAUCUGCAUACCACGAGGAAAUCACCAUGGCGGAAACCACACCUUGAGGGACUCUUCCUCAUUGAAGUGGAAAAAACAUCGCGAGUGAGAGGGGGUGGGGGUGAACGAUGGGGUUUUAGAUGUGAGAUGAUGCUAAUCUUUGGGUGAAAAAAAAACUUUCAAAUGCUUCUUCCAAUUAAUUUUUGGUCUGUGACCCAUAGAUAUUGACCUGCCUGUCAAAGGAGUUAGUUUUCUUGUUUGCAGUUCUAAUAAUUGUGUUCCUUGUCUAUUUUUUUUCCACACUGAUCAACAGAAAAAACUCUUUUCAUGGCAAAGUGAAAACAAAUUUCUACAAAUUGGUCUAAAUUUAUUAUAAUUAUUAAACAAAAGUUGAUUUCAUAAUUGCUCACCCGCUUGAAGUCAGUAUUUAGUAGAUGCACCUUUGGCAGUAAUUACAGCCUUGAGUCUGCGUAGAUCAAUCUCUGUUAGUUUUGCACAACUGGACAUUGCAAGUUUUCCCAUUCUUUACAAAACUGUUCAAGCUCUGUCAGAUUGCAUGGUGAUCGUGAGCGAAUAGCACUUUUCAAGUCCAGCCACAAAUUCUCAAUUGGAUUGAGGUCUAAACUGUGACUUGGCCACUCCAGGGCAUUAACCUAGUUGUUUUGAGCUAUUUCUGUGUAGCUUUGGCUUUAUGCUUGGGGUUGUCUUGCUGGAAAACAAAUCUUCUCCCAAGUCAUAGUUCUCUUGCAGACUGCAUCAGGUUUUCGUCCAGGACUUCCCUGUAUUUUGCUGCAUUCAUUUUACCCUCUACCUUCACAAGCCUUCCAGGGCCUGCUGCUGUGAAGCAUCCCCACAGCAUGAUACAGCCACCACCAUGCUUCACAGUAGGAAUCGUGGGUUUUUGAUGUGCAGUGCUUAGCUUACCCCAAAUAUAGCAUUUAGUCUGAUGGCCGAAAAGCUUAAUUUUGGUUUCAUCGGACCAGAGAAUCUUCUACCGGCUGACUUCAGAGUCUCCCACAUGCAUUCCAGCAAACUCUUGCCGAGAUUUCAUGUGAUUAUUUUUUUUAACAGUUGCUUUCCCUUUGCCACUCUCCCAUAAAGCUGCGACUGGUGAAGCACCUGGGCAACAGUUGUUGUAUGCGCAGUCUCUCCCAUCUCAGCCACUGAAGCCUGCAACUCUUCCAGAGUUUUCUUCUGUUCUCUUGGUGGCCUCCAUCACUUGUCCCUCCUUGCACGGUCGCACAGUUUUUGAGGACGGUUUACACUAGGCAGAUUUACAGCUGUGCCAUGUCUUUCCAUUUCUUGAUGAUUCAAUUAACUGUACUUCAAGGGAUAUACAGGGUCUGGGAAAUUUUCUUGUAUCCAUCUCCUUGACUUGGUGCUUUUCAAUACCCAUUUCACAGAGUUGCUUCGAGUGUUUUUGACCUCGUGGUGUAGUUGUUGACAGGAUACUGACUCACUAGUUGUGGUAUAUUUUUAUUACAAUCAGUUGAAAUACCUUGACUGCACAUAGGUGAUCUCCAUUUAACUAAUUUGACUUCGAAAACCAAUUGGCUACACCAGUGAUGAUUUGGUGUGUCAUAUUAAAGUGGUGGGAGGGUGAACACUUAUGCAAUCAAUUAUUUUGUGUUGUAUAUUUGUAAUUAUUUUCGAUUACUUUGUAGAGAUCUGUUUUCAUUGUUACGAGAAUACACAUAAAAUUAAGAUGUUUGCUGGCCUGGGCUAGCAUCAGUGGCAUCAGCAGUUGGUCUGCCACCUGCCCUCAGGGGAAGGAGAGAUAAGGAACAAUGGAGCAGCGUCUGGAGAUGUGUAAUGAAGGGAUGUGGGAGGAAGAGCUGUCUGGAGCGGCUCCCCCCUUUGAACCCUGAACUGUUUGAAGUGAUGGACAGGCGAUACCCCAGCAGGGGGAUAAAAAGGGACAGGUUCGCUAAGACAGACACACACGCCACCCGAGGUAACGAGACCCUGGAAGCGGUACGCUUCUCACGAGUGGGUGAGAAGUGCCAGACAACGACCAGGGUGGAAAGGUACGAUCAGCGGGAACCCGGUGUGUGUCCGCCCUUGCCUGGGUGCCGGGUUCACUGCAGAGGAUCGACCGCAUCUGGAGGAGGGGUCACAGUCGGUGACCUCAGGUGACAUCACCAAGGACCUGCCCAAAAAGCUGUUUGUGAGCCAUCUCGCUGGUCUGUGAGCCAUCUUGCUGGUCUGUGAGUGAAGCCGUUCUGAAUGAUGAGUUGUUCCUAUUCUAUCUCUCUCUUCCCCCACAUUGUCCACCGCCAUGGCAACGAUUACUGCGAACUGAACUACAAACUGGACUGAACUUUGAGUCAUUUUGAAAUUGGUCAUUUACCCCUAGACAACGAUAGAGCUUGAUUGAUGCUGUUAUCUUAAUUCUGUGCACAUGUGUGGUUAUCAUUGUUGAAUUGUUGCAUUUAUUAUCCUUUCGAUUAAUGUGUUGCUUGUUUCUUUAAUAAAACUUUCUUAGUUCUAGUACUCCAGACUCCAACUGAGUGAUCCAUUUCUGCUGGUUUGGCAACCCAGUUACGGGGUACGUAACAUAAGUGGGGUUCUCGUCCGCGAUUUUGAACGCUAAAUUUGGGACGGAGUAAAUUGAUUGGGUUAAAAUUCCCGAAAGAAAGAAAAGACAAACAGCAGAAAUGGAGGUUGAGGAAUUUAUAAAGGCGCCGACCUUGGAGGCAUUAGAGGAUGCCAGGAAAUCGGAAUUGAUAGCUGUGGCAAAACGGGUGAAUCUUGCUAAGGUGAAGUCGACAAUGAGGAGAGAGGAGAUACACAGAGCUAUUGUAGAGCACUAUGUAUCUAAAGGUGUGUUUCCCCAAGGUGAGCUGGGGGAGGUGUCUAUUGAAAAACCUGCUGGAGACGCGGUACAGGUACAGCUUGAAAAACUGAGACUCGAGCACGAGUUCCGGGUACGGCAGUUAGAAAGGCAGGAGAAAGAGAGAGAGUUAGAAAGGCAGGAGAAAGAGAGAGAGUUAGAAAGGCAGGAGAAAGAGAGAGAGUUAGAAAGGCAGGAGAAAGAGAGAGAGGUAGAAAGGCAGGAGAGGGACAGACAGUUGGAGAGAGAAGAGAGAGAGAGGGACAGGCAGUUGGAGAGAGAGGAGAAACAGAGGGAAAGGGAAUUUGAGCUGGAAAAGUUAAGGAUAAGGGCCGAGCAGGGGCUCGUGCCGAACCAAGGUGGAGGGUUCCGGGCGACCCAGGAGGUUAGGCUGGUUCCCCCAUUUGACGAUACCGAUGUGGAUCGGUACUUUCUCCAUUUCGAAAAAGUGGCCAUAAGUCAGGAAUGGCCGAGGGAUAAGUGGGUUGUCUUACUUCAGAGUGUACUGAAAGGGAAGGCCCAACAAGCUUACUCCGCUUUAUCCGCGGAAGAUGCCCAGAAGUAUGAGGUGGUGAAGGAGGCCAUCCUCAGGAUUUAUGAGUUGGUCCCGGAGGCAUACCGGCAGAGGUUCCCGAAUGCGAGGAAGCGGUGGGACCGCACGUAUUUGGAGUUUGCUCGUGAGAUGCAAACAUAUUGUGAGCGUUGGUGCGCCUCGAAAGGGGUAGAGGGGGAUUAUGACAGACUGCUGCAGCUGAUUCUGAUUGAGCAGUUUAAAGGUUGUGUCCCUGAGGGUAUGAGACCCUACCUCGAUGAGAAAGAGGCAGCCACGUUAGCCGCAACUGCUAAGUUAGCGGAUGAGUAUGCGUUGACGCAUAAAAUGAAGUUUGCCCCGAGUAAAGGCUACCAGAAGGGUAGUCAGGACGGCGGGGAGAGUCCGCCGGAAAAGUCAGAAAGUAAGCCGGGGACUAGUGAAAAGGAUAAGGUAGACCGGGAGCAGUCUGGUAGGAAGUCUCCUGGGGUCGUCUGUUAUAAUUGUGGGAAAGUCGGACACUUUGCGUCCAGGUGCUUUGCCCCAAGGAAGGAGACGGGGAAAGGAAAAGCGGAAAUUUUGAAUGGCUGUAUUGAGCUGUUAAGCGAACCGCUAGGGAAGGACAGGUCUGAAAAAGUCCAGGAAGGGCGCGAGAGGUUUAUCUCGGCCGGAUUGGUGUCAGUGAAAAAGAGGUUAAAACCAGUUCCAGUGCGGAUCUGGAGAGACACGGGAGCGUGUCAGUCACUAAUACUGAAGAGUGUAUUAGAGUUUAGCUCAGAGACCCAGACUGGGGAGGUAGAGGUCAAAGGUGUUGGGGAAGGGACAGAGUCAGUCCCUUUGCACCAGAUACAUUUACAGAGCAACCUGGUCUCUGGACUAGUCACGAUCGGGGUGAGGUCCGAAUUACCGAUGAAAGACGUGGAAGUCUUGCUCGGUAAUGACAUCGCCGGAGGAAUCGUGUUCCCAGUCGUGAGAUUGACGGGUCAGCCUGCCAGCAUGGAGGCCCCGCCCGCGAUGGUGAAUUUGGCUGAAACAUUUCUGCCAACCUUGUAUGAGACAGGGUGUAGUGAGAUAAGAGGUAGUGAGGGAGCUGGGACGGACGUAGCAGUAGCCAGGAAAGAAUUUGUGCAGACGCAGGAGCGAGACGAGGGGCUGAUGGUUUUUGCCGAGACCGCUCUCUCUGACACAGCCUUGACAAGCUAUUGUGCGGAGGAGGAAGUGCUAAGGAAGAAAGGGAAAUCAAGUACAGCAUCCGCAGAUGAGGAGUGGGGGGUGGUGCAAAAGAGUUAUGGGGAUGAGGUUUUUAACAUGGCCCACGAGGUACCCCCCAGUGGACAUUUUGCGGUGCUGGAGGAAACAGUUGGUGGAAUCAUGAAAGAGAGUUACCGGCUGCCCAGGGGGAAAAAUGUUAUUGAUCAUGACCGACGCGAACUGAGACGGUCACCGGCUUUUGAUAUGCUAACAAACCUAGUCGGUGUUAGCGUGGAAAUCAAUGAAGCUAGGGGCCCCCUGCUAAGAGGAAAAAACCAUUUUGAAAAGAUUAGGAUGGGAUCGGUCAGAUGGGAGAAGGCUAUUGUUUUGGCCAGGUCUACUGAUAAGGUCUCUCCCUUAAUCCCCGAAGGAGUAAUUAAACGACUCGCACCCAUGUGUUUGAUUGUCCCGAGGAAAUGCAAAGAACUGGGACGUUGGGUUAUGUCUGUUACAAUAGGGCAGCCAAGUAAACAACACCCAUAUUUUUCGAGUAAUUCAGUGACUAAAGGGCUGAUGAACACAGAGGUGUGUAUUGGCAAUUUAACACGGCUGUCUGAAGCCAGUUUGAUAGUGAACCUUGAAAAAAAUGAAUUCGGCCACACGAGAGUCACUUACCUGGGAAUUGUGGUGACACAGGGGCAGCUGGCAGUGAUGCAAGCUACAGUGCAGGCUAUCGCUGACCUCCCAACCCCGACAGACAAGAGGGCCCUCAGAAGGCUCUUGGAGAUGGUGGGGUACUGCAGGAAGUUUUGCAAUAACUCUGCGGUCAAUACCCGUCCCCCUCCUACUAAGCCCUUGCGAGAGAAAACUGAGCCGGAAUGGGACGACCCUUGUUGUUGUGGUCCGGGACAAAACCAAAUGAGAGGUUACAUUGGUCGCAAUUCAUCAGUGUUUUUGGCCACUAUGAAGUUUGCUGAGUUGGAGCCUGGUCUAAGGGAUUAUUAAUAACACGUGUAAAAGGAACAGAAAAUGUGAUGACUGUCUGUCAAGGUGUGGACAGCUUCAAAUUCUCUGUAUUAGCUAAAUAACUGUUAAAGAUGUAUAUUGUGUAUGUAUCAGAUAAUGUAGUCCUGUUUGUAAUUUUUACCUCCCGGUAAAAAUCCUUAAAGGGGGGAAGUGUUACGAGAAUACACAUAAAAUUAAGAUGUUUGCUGGCCUGGGCUAGCAUCAGUGGCAUCAGCAGUUGGUCUGCCACCUGCCCUCAGGGGAAGGAGAGAUAAGGAACAAUGGAGCAGCGUCUGGAGAUGUGUAAUGAAGGGAUGUGGGAGGAAGAGCUGUCUGGAGCGGCUCCCCCCUUUGAACCCUGAACUGUUUGAAGUGAUGGACAGGCGAUACCCCAGCAGGGGGAUAAAAAGGGACAGGUUCGCUAAGACAGACACACACGCCACCCGAGGUAACGAGACCCUGGAAGCGGUACGCUUCUCACGAGUGGGUGAGAAGUGCCAGACAACGACCAGGGUGGAAAGGUACGAUCAGCGGGAACCCGGUGUGUGUCCGCCCUUGCCUGGGUGCCGGGUUCACUGCAGAGGAUCGACCGCAUCUGGAGGAGGGGUCACAGUCGGUGACCUCAGGUGACAUCACCAAGGACCUGCCCAAAAAGCUGUUUGUGAGCCAUCUCGCUGGUCUGUGAGCCAUCUCGCUGGUCUGUGAGCCAUCUUGCUGGUCUGUGAGUGAAGCCGUUCUGAAUGAUGAGUUGUUCCUAUUCUAUCUCUCUCUUCCCCCACGUUGUCCACCGCCAUGGCAACGAUUACUGCGAACUGAACUACAAACUGGACUGAACUUUGAGUCAUUUUGAAAUUGGUCAUUUACCCCUAGACAACGAUAGAGCUUGAUUGAUGCUGUUAUCUUAAUUCUGUGCACAUGUGUGGUUAUCAUUGUUGAAUUGUUGCAUUUAUUAUCCUUUCGAUUAAUGUGUUGCUUGUUUCUUUAAUAAAACUUUCUUAGUUCUAGUACUCCAGACUCCAACUGAGUGAUCCAUUUCUGCUGGUUUGGCAACCCAGUUACGGGGUACGUAACAUCAUUUUGACAUGAAAGUCUUUUUCUAUUGAUCAGUGUCAAAAAAAAAGCCAAAUGAAAUCCACUGUGAUUCAAUGUUGUAAAGCAAUAAAACAUGAAAACCUCCAAUGGGGUUGAAUACUUUUUAUAGGCACUGUACCCAUGUUUUGAAAUUUUUUGUGCUUGAAACUUGUUUGCAUUAAUGCAUUUGUUUCACUGAUUGUAGGAAGAAGCAAAUUGUUGCAUAAUGAUAAUUAAAUUAUUUUUGAAUUAUAGUUAGGGUAAUGCAAGCGGGCUUUUUCCACUGAAAUUGGGUGAGGUGAGAACCGAAGGUCAUGGAUUAAGGGUGA